AAUUUCAUAAAACCGUCUUAUAAUCAUGUUUAAAUCUAACACCUAUCAUACAUGUAUACUAGUCUUACCUUCCAUUGACUUGGGUCUACAAGAAACACAGUUGGUUCACCAAAGUUAGGGAACCCACUAUACCAAUUAGCCUGACUUAGCCUACCUAAUUCUCCUAACCCCAACUUUCAUCUUCAUACAUUUCUCUUCAAAAUUUACUUCAAUCCCCAUAGCUUCAACUCAAAAUGGCAUCUUGUCUCAACCCUUCCACCGUCGAAGACGACUCCGCCGCCCUCUUCACUGCCUCCGACGACAACUCCCCGGAUCAAUCUACCAGCCCGUCGUCCUCCUCCCACCGUUCACUACCACCACCCUACCCCCCCAAACCAUCAUACAAACUCACUGUCAAAAACCUCUCCUACACCAUCAAAACAGACCCCCAAUUCACACUUCCAUGGCUCCUAAACAAUCCAAACCAUAUAAACAUUCUCAAAUCGGUAUCCUUCGUCGCGCAAAGCUCGGAAAUUAUGGCAAUCGUCGGGCCAAGCGGCAGUGGCAAGUCGAGUUUACUCCACUUCAUAUCCGGUCGUGUUAGAAACAACACUUUGGAUCCCAAAACCACCAUUUCACUUAACGAUUUCCCGAUCACGAGCCCUUCACAAAUGAAGAAGAUAUGCGGGUUUGUGGCACAAGAAGAUAACUUGCUUCCGUUGCUAACCGUGAAGGAAACUUUAAUGUAUAGUGCCAAGUUCAGGCUAAAAGAAAUGAGUUCGAAAGAGAAAGAAGAGAGGGUCGAGUGUUUGAUUCGUGAGCUUGGUUUGGUUCAUGUACGUGAUAGUUUUGUAGGGGAUGAAGAUGAUCGUGGUAUAUCGGGAGGAGAGAGAAAACGGGUAUCCAUUGGUGUCGAUAUGAUUCCUGACCCGCCUAUUUUACUUCUUGACGAGCCAACAUCUGGGUUAGAUAGUAGCUCGGCUUUGCAAGUGAUCGAGCUGCUAUCUAACAUGGCUAGAUCAAAGCAACGGACCAUUAUUUUAUCGAUCCACCAACCGAGUUAUCGCGUCCUCCAAUACAUAUCAAACUUUUUGAUCCUCUCAAAUGGUUCGGUGGUCCAUAACGGCUCCCUCGAUUCGCUCGAGGAAACCAUUAACGAGUUGGGAUUCGAAAUUCCAACACAACUCAACGCACUCGAGUUCUCAAUGGAAAUCAAAGAGGUUCUUGAAACAUCAUAUAACAGGAAAGAACCCGUUGUUACUUUUGGAGAACUUGUGGAGCCAUCUUUCGCUACAGUUUGGGCCGAACAAACUAAUGGCACCUUUCAAGAGCUGUUAAGGCGGGAUCAAAGCGUGGAAAGACGUCGAUAUAAACACGGGUUACACGAGAUUCUAAUUCUUUGCACGCGGUUUUGGAAGACGAUUUAUAGGACCAAACAACUGUUCUUAGCAAGAACAAUGCAAGCAGUUGUUGGAGGACUCGGUUUAGGGAGCGUUUAUGUAAACGUUAAAAACAAUGAAAACGGGAUCGCUGAAAGAUUAGGUCUUUUCGCCUUUAGUCUUAGUUUUCUUCUUUCUUCUACUGUAGAAGCACUUCCUAUAUUCCUUCAAGAACGCCGGGUCUUGAUGAAAGAAGCAUCACGAGGAGCCUACAAGACGUCUUCGUAUAUGAUCGCCAAUACCAUCGUGUUCCUACCAUUUCUUUUUGUGGUCGGGCUUCUGUUCGCCAUUCCAGUAUACUGGCUAGUCGGGUUGAACCCAUCGUUCAUGCCAUUCGCCUUUUUCGUGUUUGUGGUCUGGCUCAUUGUACUCAUGGCUAGCUCUUUGGUUCUCUUUUUAAGUGCGGUUUCACCCGAUUUCAUAUCCGGGAAUUCACUCAUUUGCACGGUUCUUGGUGCGUUUUUUCUCUUUUCGGGCUACUUUAUACCAAAAGAAGUAAUCCCGAAAUACUGGAUGUUUAUGUACUAUGUGUCGUUGUAUCGAUACCCGUUGGACUCGUGGUUGGUUAACGAGUAUUGGGGCCGGAGGGAGGUUUGUUUCUCUCAGGAGGGUCCUGGUUCGACAUGUUCCAUCACCGGGAAAGACAUCUUGAAGGGUAGAGGGCUCGAAUCGGACACUAGAUGGAUGAAUGUAGGGACCAUGUUUGGUUUCUUUGUGUUUUAUAGGGUGCUAUGUUGGAUCAUUCUUUCAAGAAAGGUCUCUAAAACUACAAUAUGAAUCUUUUUGUAUAAAAAAAAUAUGAUGAUAUUUACUACAUUUUGUUAUUUUCA